UACUGAUUGGCUCAAGCUCGACAGGGGUUUCCGGUCGAGCCGUUGCCGACGCUGCGCUUCCCUCUUGUUGGUGCUGGAGGCGUCGAAAGGCAGUGCCGUGAGCGAGGUCACCGAGGAGCCAGGUCUCGGGGAGGGGGUUGGCUGCGGCCGUGGUGUAUUCAAAACCCCCGAUGCGUGUGGUGGCUCUCGCUUUUGCAAGGAGGACAGAAGAGGAUUGGCUUGGCACUGAAUGCCUCUGCAGCACUUUUUCAGUAAUAGAGUGUGAUUAACCAAGGAUGACAAUGGAAGAGAUGAGGAAUGAAGCUGAGACAACCUCCAUGGUUUCCAUGCCACUCUAUGCUGUGAUGUACCCAGUGUUCAAUGAGCUGGAGCAUGUUAAUCUAUCAGCUGCACAGACGCUCAGAGCUGCUUUCAUUAAGGCAGAAAAAGAGAAUCCUGGUCUCACUCAGGACAUCAUAACCAAAAUUCUGGAAAAAAAGAGUGUGGACGUUAAUUUCACUGAAUCAUUACUGCGCAUGGCCAGUGAUGAUGUUGAAGGUUUGACUGUUUUCAUGUCAAAUAAAUGUAAUAAGUAACAAAAAUACCCUUUA